AUGUCGGAGGCGGGGGGCGCGGGCCGGGCGCGGGCCGCCGUGGCGCGGCUCUCGGAGGCGGUGGGCGAGCGGCGGCGGCGGCUGGGCACCGCCAUGGGGGAGGCGCGGCGGCAGCGGCGGCUGCUGCUGCUGGUGGUGUGCGUGGCGCUGCUGCUGGACAACAUGCUCUACAUGGUCAUCGUGCCCAUCAUCCCCGACUACAUCGCGGCCAUGCGCGGCGGGAGGGGCGCCGCCGGCCCGUCCGCGCCCGCGGGGCGCAACGAGAGCGGCGGCGGCGGCGGCAACCGGAGUCUCGUGCCGGCGCGGUACCCGCCGGCCGCGGGGGGCAACGAGGACGUGCAGAUCGGGGUGCUGUUCGCAUCCAAGGCCAUGCUGCAGCUGCUGGUGAACCCGCUCAGCGGCACCCUCAUCGACCGCGUGGGCUACGAGGCGCCGCUGCUGGCCGGGCUGGCCGUCAUGUUCCUCUCCACCGCCACCUUCGCCUUCGCGGAGAACUACGCGACGCUGUUCGCGGCGCGCAGCCUGCAGGGGCUGGGCUCGGCCUUCGCCGACACCGCCGGCAUCGCCCUCAUUGCCGAUCGCUACGCCGAGGAGCCGGCGCGCAGCCGCGCCCUGGGCACGGCGCUGGCCUGCAUCUCCUUCGGCAGCCUGGUCGCCCCCCCCUUCGGCGGCGUCCUCUACGAGUUCGCCGGCAAGCGGGUGCCCUUCCUGGUGCUGGCCUGCGUCUGCCUCCUCGACGGGCUGCUGCUGCUGGCCCUGGCGCCGCCCUGCGCCGCCGGGGCACGGGCCAACAUGCCCGUCGGCACCCCCAUCCACCGCCUCAUGGUCGACCCCUACAUCGCCGUGGUGGCGGGGGCCCUGGCCACCUGCAACAUCCCCCUGGCCUUCCUGGAGCCCACCAUCGCCAACUGGAUGAAGGAGUCCAUGGGGGCCAGCGAGUGGGAGGUGGGCCUCACCUGGCUGCCCGCCUUCUUCCCCCACGUGCUGGGCGUCUACAUCACCGUCCGGCUGGCCGCCGCGUACCCCCACCUCCAGUGGUUUUACGGGGCCCUGGGCAUGGCCAUCAUUGGUGCCAGCUCCUGCCUAGUGCCAGCCUGCAGGAAUUUCGGGCAGGUCAUCGUUCCCCUCUGCGGCAUCUGCUUUGGCAUCGCCCUGGUGGACACAGCCCUGCUGCCCACCCUGGCCUUCCUGGUGGACGUGCGCCACGUCUCUGUCUACGGCAGCGUCUAUGCCAUCGCAGACAUCUCCUACUCUGUGGCAUAUGCCCUGGGGCCCAUCGUGGCCGGCCAGAUUGUGCACACCAUGGGCUUUGUGCAGCUCAACCUGGGCAUGGGGCUCGCCAACGUGCUUUACGCCCCUGUCCUCCUCUUCCUCAAAAAUGUCUGCCAAAUGAAACCCUCUCACUCGGAGAGGAACAUCCUCCUUGAAGAAGGACCUAAGGGACUCUACGACACCAUCAAAAUGGAGGAACGCAAAAGCAUGGGCAAAAGCCUCCAGCCAGCGGGUGAGAUGGAGAACGGCAUGGACCCUUACCGCAGAGACCUGACAGGGGUGUCCGAGGAGGACUCGUCGGACUAUGAGUACAGUUAGGUUCCCCGACGUGGCCCAGCCCCAGGAGCAAGGAGGGGCGCGUGGGAGAGAGGGAAAGGGGGGGAUGAAAGCGUUACUGCAUUAUGUUUCUGUACCAACGUGCAAUAUAUACAGUUUAACCUUUGUCAUAAUGUAAUGGCUUUCUUCUUCUAGACUUAUUUUUAAU